CGCGGCUAAUGGCCGCCGAAUUUAGGCUCCCUCUAGCCGCCGGAGUUUACCGAAUUGCCCUUUACUUUCGCGACUUCCCCCCCUUCCCAUCUCUCAUCUCUCGCUCGCGGGCUGCCCAUUGACGACUCUCUUCUAGCUACAUUCAGGUUGCUGAAGGUUUAAGAAUCAUGGCUGUGAGUGUUGAUUUAACUGGAGAUGGAGGUGUUCUGAAAAAAAUUCUCCGGCAAGCAAAACCUGAUGCUAUUGGUCCAUCAGAGGAUCUUCCUCUUCUUGAUGUGCAUUAUGAAGGGAGUCUUUCCGAGACCGGUGAAGUAUUUGAUACGACACGCGAGGACAAUACGGUUUUCACAUUCGAGGUAGGCAUGGGAUCAGUCAUCAAGGCCUGGGAUAUUGCACUCAGAACUAUGAAGGUUGGUGAGGUGGCCCAAAUCACCUGCAAACCAGAAUAUGCUUAUGGUAGUGCUGGGUCUCCCCCAGAUAUUCCCCCUGAGGCAACUCUUGUAUUUGAGCUGGAACUGGCUGCUUGUAAACCAAGGAAAGGCGCAAGCUUGGGCAGCGUAUCGGACGAAAGGACAAGACUUGAGGGCAAUUAAGGAACUCAUAACCAUAUGUUCUUCCUAAGUUGGUUGUCACAAUGGACCAGAUAUUUGUGUUUUUUCUUAUGUUUAGGUCAUUUUUACUCCUCUGUUCCCGCAAAAAAAUUUAUUCUUCUCUUUUUCUUUUGUUUUAUAAAAACUUCAUUUUCCUUUUUAAAGAAAAGAAUAUGGGUUUU